AUGAAUGAUGGUCUUGGUGGGUAUUCAAGAGGAAUCCUUUCUUUGAAAAACGAAACUAAAGGAUUUUUAUAUGUUGGAGGGAAAGGAACAGCAAACCAAACGAAAGGUAUUCAAAUGGGAGGAUUUAAUGGUGGUGGAAAUGGAUCCUUCUAUGACUUAUCCUAUACAUAUGGAGGUGGUGGAGGUGGUGCAAGUGAUAUUCGACUUGAAACAGACUCAUUUAAUACCCGUAUUAUAGUUGCGGGCGGUGGAGGGGGGUCUGGGCAUGGAUAUUCUGCAACUGAUUCUAAUAAUUUUAAUUAUUAUAAUCCAGGAGGUUGUGGAGGAGGGGAUGAAGGCGGCAACGGAACCAUUAAUUCUCAAUAUCCUCAAUACUGGAGUUAUGGAGGUACGCAAAUUGGACCAGGAAAAAUUGCAGAAUACAAUUAUUAUCGUACAAUAGCCGAGUUCGGAUAUGGCGGUUCAUGCACUAAGGUACAAUAUGACACUUCAGAUCCAGGGGUGGAGGGGGUUGGUUUGGAGGCGCUGCUUCUUGCCUAUGGGGAUUGA